AGAGUUUGACGCUGCUGCAUAUUCUACCAGAGAAGAAGACCUCGAGGCUGCACGCGUGUUUACUCGGGACAGACGUAUCUUUUGAUUAGUUUUUAAUUUUUCUGAUUAUUCUGGAUCUUCGACCGGAAUAAAAAUGCCUAAGGUCAAGGCGGACAAGAAAAGCCGGCAGCACCAAGAGGUCAAAAACCAAGGGAUCAUGUUUAACACCGGCAUGGGUCAGCACAUCCUGAAGAAUCCACUGGUUGUCAACGGGAUCAUUGAGAAGGCUGCCCUGAGGCCGACUGACGUGGUUCUGGAGGUGGGACCCGGUACUGGUAACAUGACGGUGAAGUUGCUGGAGAAAGCCAAGAAGGUGGUGGCUUGUGAGUUGGACAGCAGAUUGGUGGCUGAACUUCAGAAAAGAGUACAGUGCACACCCAUGCAGGCCAAACUUCAAAUAUUAGUUGGAGAUGUACUGAAGACAACUCUGCCGUUCUUUGACGUGUGUGUGGCUAAUUUACCGUACCAGAUUUCAUCGCCGUUUGUCUUCAAGCUCCUGUUGCAUCGACCUUUCUUCAGGUGUGCCGUGUUGAUGUUCCAGAGAGAGUUUGCCAUGCGACUUGUGGCCCAACCUGGGGACAAGCUGUACUGCAGACUGUCCAUCAACACUCAGCUGCUGGCCCGCGUCGACCAUCUCAUGAAGGUGGGGAAGAAUAAUUUCCGUCCUCCUCCAAAAGUGGAGUCAAGUGUUGUCAGGAUAGAACCUAAAAAUCCUCCUCCUCCCGUUAACUUCCAGGAGUGGGAUGGCCUGGUGAGAAUAGCCUUCGUAAGGAAAAACAAAACUCUGAAUGCAGGUUUCAAGUCCACUGCCGUUGAACAGCUGCUGGAAAAGAACUACAGAAUCCACUGCUCCGUGAACAACGUGGAAGUGCCAGCAGACUUCAGCAUCACCAAGAAGAUUGAGAGUGUUUUGCAGGAGGCUGAUUUCAGUGAGAAGAGAGCCAGGUCCAUGGACAUCGAUGACUUCAUGGUGCUGCUUCACGCAUUCAACGCUGCAGGGAUCCACUUUUGUUAAACGGCAGAGCGACUCUCCCGAUGCGGCGGCUACGGUCACAUCGUGACUAGAGCUUUGUUCAAAUAGUUGGAAGAGACUUAAAGGGCUCAUAUUGAGUGUAAAGGUUCCCUGGGAUGUGGGCAGCGUCUGGGUUGCACGAGGGCCUGCCAGCCAGCGAGUGAGUCAAUCCUGUGAACAAAUAUCUGUAAUGGGUUAUUCUCAGCAAUCUACAUUUGUUUGACUGACCUUGUUAUAGUGGUAGAUAUUUAAUAUUCAAAGAUUUUUGGUGUCUCCCUAAAAAUAAAUUCAGAUUGUACAGAAGUA